AUGGGAAUUCAUUAACUUAUGCAAUUUCUGAAGGAAAAAGCACCAAAUUGUUUUAGGACUUUGAUGCUUGACUAUUUUGCAGGCAGGUAAUGACAAUCUUUUACAAUAUAGAACUAUCGGUUGUGAUGCGUCUAUGGCUAUGUAUUAGUUUUUAAUUUAAACACAAUCUGCAGGAUAAACAUAAAUUAUAGAGUUGACAGAUAAGGAUGGUAAUAGAACUGGACAUCUAGUUGGGUUAUUUAAUAGAACAUUGCAAUUUCUUGAGAAUGGAAUCAAACCUGUUUGGGUAUUUGAUGGAAAACCACCUUUAUUAAAAAGUGGUGAGUUGGCAAGAAGAAAGAAAUUAAAGGAGGAGGCUUAAGUUAAAACUGAAUUGGCUCUUGAAUAGGGUGAUAUGCAAUAGGCAUUGCUUCAACAUCAAAGGACCACAACUAUAUCUAGUGUCAUGAAGGAAGAUGCAAUAAAAAUGCUCUAAUUAAUGGGAUGUCCUGUUAUUAUAGCACCAUGUGAAGCAGAAGCCUAAUGUGCCGAAUUGUGUAGAGCAGGAAAAAUAUAUGCUACAGCAACUGAGGAUAUGGAUGCUUUGACAUUCAGAACACCAGUGUUGUUAAGAGGAUUCAAUACAAAGAAGGAACCCAUUUAUGAAAUCAUUUAUGAUGAUAUGAUGAAAGAGUUAGAUAUAACAUACGAGUAGUUUGUAGAUCUAUGCAUUUUAGUAAAUAUUCUUUUAUUAAUUUUUAGUGUGGGUGCGAUUAUACUGAAAAGAUUGAAGGCAUUGGUCCUGGAACUGCUUUUAAAUUAAUAAAAGAAUUCAAAAACAUAGAAGGAAUUUUGGAGCAUGUUUAAAAAGUCAAUGCAGAAAGAGAAAAAAAUAAGUAAAAUCCAAAAUAUACAGUACCAACAAAAUUCCUGUAUUAAGAUAGUCGAGAAUUAUUUAUAACCCCAUUAGUUUAAAAGGGAGAUGAAAUUUAGGUAAAAUUUUUGAUUUACUUUAAUUAUAGUUAACUUGGAACAAACCAGAUGUUGAAAAUCUAAAAAAGUUUCUAAUUGAAGAGAAAGGGUUUGCAGAAUCAAGAAUCGAUAAUGGACUCAAAAGGAUUGCCAAAAAGGAUACUACGGGUUUCUAAAGUAGAUUGGAGAAUUUCUUUGGUAAAACUACAAAAAUUAUUCACCCAAACAACAGCAAAGCAAAAGGAAAACCAAAUAAAAAGAAUGAACCAACUUAAAAAUCUGGUGGAAAGAAAAAAAUGUGAUAUAUAUUUUUUAUUUCUUCAUUUGUAAUCAUA